AGUCAUGUGAACAGACAUAACGGCGUUAAGCCCUAUGUCUGUACUCUCGAGUCGUGUGACCGACGAUUCAUAUCUAACGAGACACUCGCGGCUCACAUCCGUGUCAUUCACUCCAAUGCAAGAUCUACGCCCAUUAAGACAUUUGUAUGCGCUUACAAGGAUUGCAACAAAGCGUUCCAAACUAAACACAAUUUAAAGGUACAUCAAGCCAAACAUUCAGACGACAAACCGUUUGUAUGUCGGGAACCGGGAUGUGGUCUGAGCUAUAAAACACAUGCGGCGUUAGAUUAUCACAGUUUUAAACACGCGGGUCGGGAGUAUGCCUGUGAAUGGCCCGGAUGCGAAUACACAUCCAGUAACCCACACCACGUGACAAAACAUAUCAAACUGAGUCACAACACUGACUACCGGUUGUCGUGCGAGUGGCCCGGGUGUGAGUACCGCACCAAUUAUACAACGAGUCUUCAGUUGCAUUCACACAAACACACCACUGAUAGGCAAUAUCCGUGCGAUUGGCCUGAAUGUGGCAAACGGUUUAAGACAGAGAAGGUUUUGACGCAACAUAUGAUUACACACUCGGGUCCACCCAUUCCCUGCCAGUGGAAGGGCUGUCAGUUUACGACUAAACAUAAAUUGGCGCUUAAAGAGCAUAUGAAACGAAUCCAUAGAGAUAAGACAACUCUGAGACGACACGUGUUCACACAUUCGGGCCCUAAAUUCACGUGCGAUCGGAAGGGCUGUCAGUUUAAGACUUCUCUCAAACAUGUGUUGAGUUAUCAUAAGAGACGCAAACAUGAGAGCCAUUCAUGA